GAAGAUGUACCAAAAAUUACAACCUGGGAAUCCCAGAAAAGGAAUUAAUCAACUGCAUUUUCAGGGCUUGUUAUGAUCAAUGAAUGUGACAGCCGGCGAAGGCCCACCACCGCCGAUGAUACUAUGACUAAGGCCAUCGACGGCGGCACCUCCUCCUCCACCAGCCCCACUUCCACCCCUGAUAAUUCUGUCAAACCUGAAAAGAAAAAAAAGUCUAUUAUUCCAAGGAUUUUUAGCUCCAAGAGACACAGCAGAGGGAACUCAAUAGAGGACAUUCUUCAAUCAUCAGAUCUUGGAAAUGAAAAUGAAUCCGAAGGAAAUAUUACAUCAAGAACAACAGCUUUUUGGCAGGAGGCUACACCCAGCAACAUGAGAAGAGGUCUUUCAGAACGGCAUAGUUGCGCGGGGAUCGAAAGCCUAAGCCUCUCGAGUUUUGAUCAAUCGAUGGCACCGUCCAUGACAGUUCAAGAUGUCCGGAUUUUCGUGGGAACGUGGAAUGUGGGAGGGAACAGUCCUAACUAUGGACUCAACCUUGAGGAUUUCUUGCAGGCGGAGGGCUCUGCAGACAUCUAUGUACUCGGGUUUCAGGAGAUUGUCCCACUAAAUGCAGGAAAUGUGUUAGUGGUAGAAGACAGCGAGCCAGCAGUAAAAUGGCUAGCCCUAAUAAGCCAUGCCCUAAACAAACCGUUGUCCGAUGAUUCAAAGGACUCGAAAUCCGUCAACAUAUUCCACAAGCCAUAUUUGAAAGCUCUCAGUAAGAAUCUGAGGGGUGAGAGUGAACUACUCAAGGCCUGCAAUUGCUCUAGGGAUUCCUUGAUCUCGAACCGGAGGGCUAGAAAACUCACAGACCCUUGUGGAUCACCCUUCAGUUACUGUGAUCCAAGCAUGGAUGAUUUCCUCUCAAUGGCUGAGAUUUCCUUGCCCACAAGGCUCAAUUACCAGCUUGUCGCGAGCAAGCAAAUGGUCGGCAUCUUCCUGUCAAUAUGGGCUCGACAUGAGCUGGUUAAAGACAUUGGUCAUCUUAGGAUUUCUUGCAUGGGACGAGGCAUCAUGGGCUACCUUGGUAAUAAGGGUUGUAUAUCUAUAAGCAUGACACUGCACCAAACGAGCUUUUGCUUCGUGUGCAGUCACCUGGCGUCGGGGGAGAAGGAAGGAGACGAGCUAAGACGAAACUCAGAUGUAACCGAAAUCCUAAAGGGCACUCAAUUCCCAAGAACUUGCAAGAAUCCAAGCCGCAAAAUCCCAGAAAGAAUCAUGGACCACGACCGUACGAUAUGGCUAGGGGACUUGAAUUAUCGAGUGGGAUUGAGCUAUCAAGAAGCAAGGCUAUUGCUAGAGGAUAAUGAUUGGGAAUCCCUCUUGGCCAAAGAUCAGGUUGGUGUUGAAGCUGGGAGAGUGUUUAGUGGGUGGAAUGAAGGGAAGAUUAUGUUCGCACCCACGUACAAGUACUCCCAAAAUUCUGAUUCCUAUGCUGGAGAGAACACCAAGUCCAGGAGAAAACGAAGGACCCCUGCAUGGUGUGACAGAAUUUUAUGGCGUGGCAACGGGAUCGAACAAUUAUCGUAUGUACGAGGGGAGUCGAGAUUUUCCGACCACCGGCCGGUGUCCGCCGUCUUCGCGGUGGAGGUGGAGGUCAGGAACAAAAACAUCAACAAGUUCAGAAAGGGAUAUUCCUGCGCAGGCACCAAGUUGGAAUUCCAGGACUGCAUGCCUCAAAGGCAUAGUUUUUGCGAGUUUUAGCUAUAGAUCGAUACUUACUAACUCACAUCGACUCAUAUCAGAUUGAAUUUUCUGUUUUAAAUUUUAUUGUAUUCUUUUAUUAUGUUUAAUAUAUACGCGCUUACAUGUAUAAAAAGUAUGUUUUUUAUUUUAUUCCGGAAAAAAUUUUGUACACGUAGCGU